AAACGAUGAGUUCUUCAAAGAAGGCAUCGGCUUCGGCUAUAGCUUUUCUUCCCCAAGGGGCUUUACCUAUUCUUCCAGAAGAGAUCAUCGUCCUAAUUCUUAGUAAACUCCCUGCCAAAUCUCUGGUGCGAUUCAAGUGUGUUUCUAAAUUUGUUUGUUCUCUGAUUGUUGAUCAUUCCUUUGCCGAUCUACACCGCAACUGGUCUUUAACCCUUCCCAGUAGGAUAAGGAUUCUAAUCUCUCUGCCGACGGCCAUGGGCCACCCCUGCGGCGGAUACCAUUUGUAUUUCACAAUAAAUUAUUCUGAAGAAAACCAAGGAAUGUUCUAUCCCAACCGUCUCCGGUAUAUGAAUGAAGACCCUAAACUCUAUAAAAAGUUCUAUAUAAGUUCUUCCGUGAACGGCCUGAUUUGUUUCUGCCCAUACUCACUGCUCAAAGAUUCCAUUGUUAUUCACAACCUUAGUACUCGACAGUAUAUCUCUCUUCCAAGAAGCUGUCGGAGAGUUUCUCGCUCCGAGAGCAUCAGGAUGCAGGCUUUUGGGCUCUUAGGUUUUGAUUCAAUCUCGAAAAGAUACAAGGUGUUGAAGUCAGUACUAUACUACACCAAGCGCCCCUCCAGGUUGCGCCGCUGGGUAAAGCAUUAUGUUUUUACACUAGGUGUGGAUGAAUCAUGGAGAUCAUGGAGGGAGAUUCAUUCUUCUUCCACCUACUAUCCUUACACUUUUUAUAAUAAUCAUUUCUAUUCUCAUACUAAUGUUCAUAUUGACGGUGUUAUCUAUUUUCUUAAUUCCUAUAAUAAAGGUGAAAUAGUAGCAUUUGAUGUUAGAUCUGAGAAUUUUCAAGCUAUACCUCCUCCUCCACCUUCUACUAUACCUGGAUUGGUUGGGGAAGGGGAGCAGGGCCAUAGUGGUCGAUCUGGAUUGGUGGAGGUGGAUGGUCGAUUAGCUAUUGUUGAUCUUCUUAAUGACCAUGAUCACCCGGGAUGCUAUGGUAUAGCAAUAUGGAUUCUUGAGGAGUCUAUGGUGUGGAAGAAUCAAUAUUUGAUUAUUACUCCAAUCCCAUUGGAAAAGUUUGAUGAAUCUAGUAAGAGAGUUUUGUGUGUUGCUACCAAUCAUGUUGGGGAGAUUACUCUCCUCGUGAAACACCUCGUGAGACAAAGGAGCACGAUUUCUAUUUUAUUUUAUAACUUUAGAAAAAAGAAUUGGAGAAAAUUUGAUAUACGGUUGCCUUGGUACUUUCAGUAUGCUGCAAUGUACUUCGUCUUAGACAAUGUCUUUUAAUUUUAUUUGAUCAUGUACUUUACCUUAUUUGAUGAUGUACUUUA